AUACUCUAUAGUCUAUAGUGUUUAGUAUUAACGUCAAACACUGUGCUUCGUUCAUUUUCGGCUUCCUCGACUUGCUGUAGUCACGUUGUUUAGCGGCCAUUGAAAUUCUAUUAUUUUUACGCGUGUAAUUUAAAUAAUCCUUAGUAUUUUAAUAAUUCGUAUUUUUCUAUUUUUAUUAUUAAGCUGUCAUAAUAUACCACCGAUAAAAUGUGGAGCAUAGUAAUGGAACCAGGGAAAAAAUACAGCACUGUUGUCGAAAACACUUUCCAUCUAUCAAUGGCUACGCUAGAUUUAGAAACCGUUAAAAAGGCUGAUGACGUACAUACUGUUUAUGUUGAGACUGAUGAUAAUCCACGGGUAAUUCUUUGUCAUCUGUCUAAAGCAUCUAAGUUGUUCCAAUGCCGAUUGGAUCAUAUUUUCCCACGAGGAACAGAUUUGAAGUUUGUAACAUCAGCCACUGCUAACAUACAUAUGACUGGAUAUUUAGAUUUAAAUGAAGACGAUGAAUUGUAUUCAGAUUUAGAAAGUGAUUCUGAAGAUGAAGGAACACAAAUUGAAGAGAAACCAACACAAGGAAAAGGAAAUAAACGUAAAUCAGAAGAUAAUACUUCAAAAAAGAAUAAAUCUAUUAAAUUGGAUAAAAGUAAUCAAUUUGAUAAAGAUAGUGAUGAUGAAAAUGAAACUGAUGAUGAAACUAUGGAUUUCGAAGAUGAUAGUGAUGAUGAUGAUAAUGAAGGAUUAACAUUGAGUGAUUUAGCCGAUGAUGAUGAUGAUGAUGAUGAUGAAGAAGAUGAUGACGAAGAUGAUGACGUUGACGAUGAUGAUGACGAAGAUGAAGAAGAUGACGAAGAUGAAACUGAAGAUAUACCGGUAUUAACUAAAAAAACAAAAGAACAGCAAAAAACUCCAAAAAAACAAUUGAAUGGAAAUGACAUAAAGACUCCUAAAAAAGAACAGAUGACACCAAAAGGUCAAAAAACUCCAUUGCCCAAAACACCCAAGACACCCAAGACACCUGAUGCUAAUCAAACUUUAGUAAAUGGUUCAACAGAAAGUAGUAAAAAAAAUAAAAAUAAAGACCCUAAAGCCCCACUUAGUGGAUUAAAAACUAAACCAGAUACUCCGCUUCCUAAAGAUAAGCAAAAUCAGCAACAAAAGUUAAAUGGUGGAGUUAUUAUUAAUGAUAUUAAAGUUGGUGAUGGAGCUGUAGCAAAACCAGGAAAAAAUGUUAAAGUGUAUUAUAUUGGUCGCUUGAAAUCUACUGGUAAAGUUUUUGAUUCAAUGCAGAAAGGGCCUGGAUUCACAUUUGGAUUACAACGUGGUGAAGUCAUUAAGGGUUGGGAUAUUGGUAUUGCUGGUAUGAAAGUUGGAGGCAAAAGGAAAGUUAUAUGUCCUCCAAAUAUGGCAUAUGGUGCUAAAGGGAGUCCACCUGAAAUUCCACCGAAUAGUACUUUAGUUUUUGAUGUUGAACUAAAACAUGUUAAUUAAGUUUUUCCAUUAUAUCUUUUAUUCCGACUGAUAUUCCUAUGAUUAUUUGUUAAUUACCACUCAUUUUUCUACAAUAACCACAAAUAACGAAUAUCAGUAUUCCGUUUUUGUUACAAAUAAAAAUUAAAAACUAUUUUUAAUAUAAUUUAGUUUUUGAAUUUGAGAUAAUUUUAUCUUAAGUAUACAGUUGUACAUCAUAAUAUUUUAAUUGUUAACGUUUUUUGGCAUUUGUAGAAAGUAUUUGUGUCCAAUCUACCUAGCAAUGACUUACCAAUUGUGUAUGAAUGACUUAUAAUAAAAUAAUUCUUAAUUUUAGAAUUA